AUGUCAAAUCGUCAAAACACCGCCUCGUCUUCAUCAUCAUAUUUCUCCUCAAGCUUCACCCAGUCCAGCUCGUCUGCCUCCAAUUUCAAUUCCAAUUCCUCAUCUUCGUCCAACAACCCACCAGCCACGACGCACCGAUACACAGAGACCCAGACCGCAACCGGCAACGACCGCGACGGAACCACGAUCCGCCGCACCCAAGAAGAAUCCGGUCGUCCUGCAAUCCACGAAGAGACGCAUAUUCCUCCAACCCAGAGUGGUGGUGGUGGGAGGGUAUAUGUCUUGGAAACGAGAACUGGGUCCGGAACGGGAUGGGCAGCAGGGUCGGGAUCCGCGUUUGCCGAACUAGAAGAAGAUGAUGACGAUGAAGGGCAAAGCACGGGACACGGACGGAGGAGGAUCGAAGAUGUCACGGACGACAAAGAGGACGCUGAUCUUGAUGCGGAAGGGCAGGCCGAGAGGGAUAGAUUAUAUGAGGAGAGGAUGGAGGAUGAGUAUGCGAAGCGGGAGGGAGGGGCGUGA